GCCAGACUGGGGGAAGCAGAAGAACCAAUUUGCCUGGACCUCAAGCUCAAAGGCGAUCUCAAAUGUAGUUACUUGUUAACUGGGUUAUCUGGUAAAUUUCACAACUGGCUUUUAUGCACAUUGGUCCAAAACGUGACACACACACUCUGCUUGGAGCUGCACAUUUAAGCAAUGCGGGGAUGCGAUUUGGUAUUACCGUGUGACCCAGAUUUCAAAUUACUCAGUUUUUGGGGUGGCACAAAACAUGGGGUUUGUGGCACAAAGCUAGCACUAAACUUUGGCAUCAGUGGGAGGGGGAUGAUGCAGAAUUUUGAGGUCACAUGUUAAUGAAGCUCCUUCAGAUCACGAUGACGGCAGAGAAUAUUACUACUUGUCAUAUGACCUAGGCGGAAGACAAUACCUGUUGCCACCCUCACAGAAGAGCUGAGGCACAAUUACAGUUCUGUAACAGCUCACACUUUUGUUCUCCGAUUACUUAACAGAGUAGGAUAGAAAAAGAAACACCCCCCCCCCAGCAUUGUGCAUUUUUUGGGUAUGUGCUGUUGUUUCCCAUGGGAGGGAAAACAAGUACGGACAGAAUGGGCAAGCAUUAGGGACAUUUUAUAGAAUAAAGCUGUGAUUUCCUUAUGUCUCUGCACAUCCACAGGGAAGAGCAAUUUUGCAGAAACAUCAAGAUGGCAGGAUAAUGGAUUCCUCUGACAGAAUGAUGAGUGAAAGAAAGAAGUAAUUACCAUUAAUGCACUUCAAUUACGGCUCAACUUUCUUUCUUUUCCUUUAUUCUUUUUUUCCCCCUUUAAAAAAGCUGCACGUUCAUGGCUAAAUUUCUAUUUAAAACGAAACAGUUGCCACAGAGCCGUCACAGCUAAGAGCAGAAAUUCCCUCCCAGCUACCGGCAAAUUAGCAGUAAUGUCCUUAUUAUACCAAAAGUGGGAUGAUUGGAUUCUUCCAGGCAAAUGCAGGAAGUGCUUGUUUGUUACGACGGCCUUCCUCCUUCCUCCUUCCUCCCUAAAAAGUCACAGUUGAACUUUGCUUCCAGGGCUAAUCACCAGCUAAGCAUGAUACCACUUUCUUCUGGUUCCUAUUUAGCUUUCAAAGCCCUCACAGGAUCUCUGUCAUGGAUCAGUACCACCUUCCAGCCGGGAGUGAGGUCAGCGGACAGCCUCGCUACACAGGAAG